ACUGAGUUCGCUUCCAUGGCUGCUUAAACAUGGUCUCUAUAGUGCUAGAAAUAAAGUAGUCAUUUUUCCAGCAACAUGCCCAACUGAAGGCGCGCUGUUGAAAUCAAGUUACUUGUUAACAAGCUGGGCCGCUUACGAUUGCUGAAGCAAUCCAAUACCAUAGUGGAUUGCUUGGAUAAGCCGGUUAACGCGCCCGGGAUAACUUCAAGGCGGAUCGUUCCCUUGUCCCCAGCAGCUUACGAUUUUGCCAAUGGAAGCUAGCGAGACCUUUAACAUAUAGAAGAACUAAAUGGAAACUGUCUCCGGCGCCCUAGACGAUUGGGGCGACGUGGACCUUGACGAUGACACUUUCCUGCCGGGCUCUAACGCUGCGACAGCCACAGAUCCAUUCAAAGCCAUCCUAACCGAUGACGAUGAAAGCCCGGAGUGGCCCAGCUCACCUACCGGAAGUGACUCCAACUGUCCAUCUAACGCAGCGCGUCCGCAGCCCGUCCUGCAGGCGUCCUCUGGUGUUUCGUCAGGAAUUCCUGUAGACUCUGGUAUUUAUAAAGGGGCAGCCAACCCUGCUCAGCAGCUGGCAUCCGUAGCCGCUGCUGCCCCACCUACUGCAACAGCAGCGGCAACUGGACUGUCGACUCCUCCGGGACCCUUUGGUGGUGCUGCAGACGAUGCCUCGUCUUUCUUUGAAUCCUGGGGCGCACCUCCUGCGGAGGAAUCCUCGCCUGCAGAGUCAGGCUUGGCUCUGCCCCAACUGGCCCUCACCGCAGUCUCAGCCACACAGCCUCUCCCUGUGGAGGCGCCGGCGCCUGCCCAGGUGACCCGGCCUCCCAUGAGCUCCCGAACAGUGCCCCAGCAGUUGCAUUCUCCUCCUCCUCCUGCAGCGCCAACCCCAACAGCAGCCGCAGCAUCGGCAAGCGUGGCCCCUGCAGCAACAGCGGCAACAGCAAUAGCAGCGGGUCUGGCUGGCGUGACAACGGUGGACGGCGGCAUCACGUCCGGCAUUGAGCUUGGAGUGGCAGCCACCGCUCCCCUGCCGCCACCCUCACCGACUCCUUUACCUCCCCCUUCUACCCCUUCCUCCUCUUUGUGGACUUCCGAUAAUGGUGACGCAACGGCGCCACCGCCACCAGCAGCACCACUAGCACCCGCACCGGCAGCGGAGGAGGCCGCCUCCGCCUCCUCCUCUUCAGCGCCGCUGGCCUCCCCAGCUGGCACCGCUCCGACCCCGCCUCCGCCGCUCCGCCGCCACCGCCUCAGCGUGUCCACAUCCUACCGAGAUCUCACCAGCAGCAGCCUGGUAGCGGCCGGGGGCGGAUCAGGCGCCGACGGAGGCGAAGGAGGCAAAGGCGGCAGCAGUGAUGUGGCUGUACCGCCGUCGCCAUACGGGUUGCUGGUGAGCGGCGGCGGCCCUGCUGCUGGGGAGGCGUUGCAAGUGGAGAAGGAUGCCAGCGGGGUAUCAGCGCCAGCGGCGGUGGCGCCGCCACCACCGCUGUCGUACGGGCAGGAGCUGCUGUUGGCGGGGCAGCCGACGGCGGCGAUGGCGGCUUCAGGAACGGCGCCGCCGCCGUCGCCGUUUUCUCCGCCGCCGCCGCCGCAACCGCUUCCGUUGGCUACAGUAACGGUACAGAGCAGUGCUACCGCUGUUGGUGCUGGUGCUGCUAUUCCCACUUCCGGAACAGUGUUGAAGGAACAUGUUACCACUGUUGUGGGGAACGCAGAGAGGGAACCACUGCCGCCGCCAGAGGGUGACGUCACUACUGCUGGUAGCACCGGCGUUGGAGUUGCUGUUGCUGUUGCUGUUGCUGCGGAAGAGGAGGAGGGGAAGGAGGUGUUUCCUUCGAAAAAGGCUUUGGAGCCGCUGCCUGAUGCUGCAAUGAAGGCUGCAACGGAGGUUGUGGCGGAGGCGACAGAGGCGACGACGGAGGCGAGCACCCCUCGACAUCACCAGGUGCCUGAUGAGGCGGCCGGGGGCGAGGCUGGCGGUGGCAUAAGCGCCUCGGCUGCCCUCAGGGCUCGUCCCGGCACCACCCACCUCUACCGCCCCUCCCCGCCCAGCUCAGUUAUCAGCGGCGCGCCGUCAGUGAGCGGAUCCGACAUCGCCGCAUUCGACGACGCAUUUGAUCAACUGCUCGCGGCGCCGGAUGUUGCUCCGGAUACACCAGAUCCGCCGCCGCCGAUUGUGCCGCCACCGGUGACGGCCAUACCGGUGGCAAUGCCGCCGCCGGAGGUGCCUCCUCAGGCCCUGCAAGCGCCGGCAGAGCCGCCGCCGCCACCACAGCCGAAUGGAUCGAUGUACAACAGCAACGCUGCGGCGGCUGACGUUAGUGGUGGAGCCGCUGGCGACGGAGGCAGCGACGCCAGCGGGGCUCCGCCAAGCGGCUUCUUCAUAGCGUCCAGGAACCCCUUCGGUCCGUCGGACAGCGUUACGCUGGGUGCUGAUGGCGGCGGCGGCAGCGGCGAUGAGGAGGAUAUCUUUGCGGCGCUGUCCGCUGCUGCUGCUAACGGCGAUGCAGGCGGCAGCAUGGGCAGCUUCCCUGCUCCGCAGCUGCCUCCCGGGCAGUUCACAGUCGCGAGCGGCAGUCGUGGCAACUUGGCACGGCUGUUCGGGGCGCCGUCGGGCGCCAGCGACGUUGCAUUGGCAAUGGAUGCGAAUGCGAUUGCGGAUGGCAGUGGCGGCGGCGGUGGCGCCGGCGGAUUUAACCAGUACCGCACGGCUUCACGGCCACUGUUCCCGGAUUCACGUACUUCUUCCCUGCCGCAGCUACAGAGCGACGCUGUUACGAGUACCAGCCAACAAGCGCCACCAACGACGGCAACAGCGGCGGAUGUGCUGAUGAUGAUGACCACCACCGGGGCAGUAGCAGCAGCACCAGCAGCACCAACAGCAGCAGCAGCAACAGCACCAACAACAGCACCAACAGCAGCAGCACCAGCACCAGCGGAGUAUGCAGCUGCUCAUUCACUGCAAGGCGACAUGCCAGCAGCGGCGGGUAUGGCUGCCCCAACGGCCGCCGCCGGUUGGGAGCCAGCAGCAGCGGCGGUGACCACCACCUACCAGCAGGCGGCAACUGACGUCUCCGCGCUGUUCGGAGGAGGAGGCGAAGGGGAUGGGGGUGGCGGCGACGAUGACUUCUUUGGCGUUGUUGCCUCCGACCCCGCUGGCGCCUUCCCUUCCGCCGCCGCCGCCGCCAACGGUGAUGGUGAUGCCUUUCUCGGCGUUCCAGCUGUGGCGGCAGUGCCGUACACGUCCCCCGGUGCCGUACCUGUGCCGUACACGUCCCCCGGUGCCGUGCCUGUGCCGUACACGUCCCCCGGUGCCGUACCUGUGCCGUACACGCCCCCCGGUGCCGUGCCUGUGCCGUACACGCCCCCCGGUGCCGUGCCUGUGCCGUACAGUGCAUGGCCAAGCCAGGUCGCAACGACAGCAGCAGCAGCCGCUGCAACGCCGACAGUAGCCUCAGGACUGCCGGCCCAAGGACUGCCAUUUGGUGGUGGCGGCGCUACAGGCGACGAUGCGGCGUCGUUCUUCGACAGCUUGGUCGAACCUGCUGCUGCGGCGGCGAAUGGGGGUACCAACAGCCCUACCCGCAGCAACCUUAUCAGCAACAGCCCUAUCAGGAACAGCCCUACCCGCAACACCAGCAACACCACCCCCCAGCAGCUGCGGCUUCUGCGCCAGUGGCCGACCAGGACCCGGGUGCUGCCUUCUUUGACUCUCUGGUCGAGGGCGGGGAGGAACCGGCGGUGGUGCAGCCGCCCCCUGUUGGCAACCCCACCCUCCUAGCAGCGGGAGCGGGAGCGGGUGUGGGUGCGGGUGCGGCGCCCGUGGUGGCACAUGCGGCGGGUCAUGUCGGUAGCCCGGGCGCUGUCGUGACUCCUCCUUUCACAGCUGCAGCGGCUCCAGUGGGAGCAGCCCCACCUGCCACUGCUACUGCUACUGCUACUGCUGCCACCGCUGCUGCUCCGGAGGCGGUCCAGGUGCCGCCGUCAACGCUGCCGCCGGUUUACACAACUGGCCAACAGCAGCAUUGGCAGCAAGAUCAGCGGCAAUCGUGGACCCAGCAGCAGCCCCAACAACAGCACCAGCAGCAGCACCCACAGGGGUCUCACGCCUGGCAGCCCCAACAACAGCACCACCAGCAGCAGCCCCCAGCUCCCCAGCUGCACCCCCAACCCGCCCAGCAUGCCUCCAGCAACUCAGCGCCUGCAGCUGCUGCCACAGCGGCGACGACGACAUGGGGACAGGAGGGCUUUUCGCCGUUGUCAUCGCCGGCGGUGCAAACGCAAACGCAAGUGGCUAUGCCGGUCUGGAAUGCGCCUCAGGCGGCCGCUACUGCCACUGCUGGUGGUGGUGGUGGUGGAGGUACUCAGCCUGAGCAGCCGCCAUCCUGGCAGCCACAGCAGCAGCCUCCUUGGCAGCAGCAGCAGCAGCAGCCUCUUUGGCAGCAGCAGCAGCAGCCUCCUUGGCAGCAGCAGCAGCAGCAGCCUCCUUGGCAGCAGCAGCAGCAGCAGCAGCCCGCUCCAUGGCAGCAACCGUCGCAGCAACCAGAGCCAUUGUCGCAGCCGGAGCAGCUGCCGCAGCUGCAACCUCUGCAGCCGCAGCAGGCCUCCGGCAGCACUGUAGCAGCCGCGUCGGGUCCUGGUGACGGCGCUGCAUCGGGGGGCAUCGGCCUCUUCGGUGGUGGCGAGGGCGCGGUCGAUGACGGUUGUGGCUUCUUCGAAACGUUGGGGGAGGCAGCAGCAGCUCCGGAGGAGCAGCAACCCCGGGCGGAAGCACCGCCGCCGCCUUUGCAGCAGCAACAACAGGUGCCCCCGCAACUACAACCACAGCCACUGCCGCUUCAGCAGCAGCAACAACAAGGCUACGUACACCAUCACCAUGACCACCACCAGCCCCCCUCGCCUCACAGCCAGCUGCACUUCACUGCGUUUGCUGACGGCCACACGCAGGCGCGCGUGCAGCAGGACAUCUCCGGCGGCACCACCCCCACCAGCCUGCAUGAGCAGCAGCAGGGGAAGCAGGAGCAGGAGCAGCAACCCUUCUGGGUGCCGCCGGAUAUGAGGGUGCAAGAGCAAGAGCAGCAGCCCCCGCAGCAGCAGCAGCCCCCGCAGCAGCAGCCCCCGCAGCAACAUGGCGAUGUCCAGCAACAGGGCCAGCAUGCAGCACAGGAGGGGGAAGCUGGUGGCAUUGCAACGAAUGGUGCAACCGCUACUGCUGCGGCUCCAGCCACCGCAGCUGAUGCUACGGCCACAGCUGCGGAUGCUGCUACAACUGCGGCGACAGCAAUGACGGAGGAGCAGCUGCAAGCGGCAGCCGCCGCCGCCGCAGCUGCCGCAUGGGAGGCAGCUGGGGGCUACAGCCUUCCCAAUGCGACUGAAACCUACCAACAGUACUACUCCUAUUACUACUAUUACUACCAGCAACACAACGUACAGCAAGUGCAGAUGCAGCAGCAACAACAGCAGCCACAGCAGCAGGAAUUGGUGGCGGAGGGGCAGCAGCAGCAGCCCCAGCAACCUCAGCAGAAGGAAGUGGAGCAGCCGAGCCAACCAGAGCAGCAGAAGCACGACGCAGCAGCAGCGCCGCUGAAUGUGCUGCAACCGGAGCUGACGGGGCAGCAACAACAGCAACAAUGGCAGCAGCAGCACCACCAACAACAACACCAUCAGCAGCAGGGUGAGUACCAACAGGCUCAGCAAGCGCCGCAGCAGCAGGCGCCACCAGCCGCAAUGCCACCACUGCAGCACCAACAACAGCUGGAGGGGCAGCAAGGGCAGCAGCAGCAAGGGCUGCAGCAGCAGCAGCAGCAUCACCAGCAGCAGCAAACCGUGUGGUCGGGAGUCGCAGCAGCACCGGUCGCUGGUCUAACUGCUGCACAGCCGGUGCGGCAACAGGAGGAGGCGGCGCAGCAGCAGCAAGGGCAGCAGCCGCAUGCCUCAGCGGCGGGAUCUGCGCCGGCGUAUGGAGCAGAGCCACCGCUUGGGAGCAGUCAAGCCGCCGCAUCGUCCGGAUACGGUAAUGCAUCGUACAGACAGUCGCCGUACGGCCAACAACAGCAGUCACAACAGCAGUUCCAACAGCAUCAACAGCCCCAACAGCAGCAGGUGUACAACUCAUCUGCCUACGGAGCUGCUAGCAGCCAACCACCACCACAACAACCGCCGCACCAGCAGCAUCUUGACUGGUACGGACAACAACAGCAGCAACAACAACCCCAGAGUGCGAGCUUUUUUGGUGGACAGCCAUACGGUACUCCAGCGGCACAGUACGGCGGACCUGCCGUACCUCCGUCGUACACUAGCACAGUUCCGUACGGUCAGCAGCAGCACGGUGAUGCGUCGUACAGCCAGUACGGACAGUACGGAUCGUAUCCGUACGGCAUGCAACCGCAACAGCAGCAACAGCAACAACCACAGCAGCAGUAUGCGAGUGCAUGCAACUACCUGCCCACCACUCCGGAGCUGGCGCGCACGUGUCCCCACGGGCGACCCGCGCAUGUGGUGUUUGGGUUCGGUUUCGGAGGCCGCGUGGUGAUUAUGAGGCCGCCAGCUGAGGGGGAUGCGGACGCGGGCUCCCUGGCAGUGUUCGGCUGCCCAGGUCCGCUGCAGCUGCUGCUCCUCACCGCCCUCACCGCGGCCCACCUGACCGGGGGCCAGCAGGGGGCGGGAGCAGCGGCAGCAGGGGGCGGCAAGGCGGGG